AUGGCUGCGACAGCCUCUCUCGUCGAGCUCCUCGCCGACUUCAACACUGCGACCGACUCCGCCAGCCAAGGCCUACCGUCUUCCGAAUCCCUGCACGUCCCCGAGAAUGGCAUCACGCUGUUCGACGCCAGGAACGAAAUCUUCCUGGCUUACCUCCAGGCCCUCGCCUUGAGGAACCUGAACGUCAUCCGGAGCAUCAGAGAAGGAGGCGACGUGGAGGUUGCUCAAGCGCUGAGCAAUGACAUCACAAAGAAGUUGGUAGAGCAUCGUGUGUAUCUGGAACGCGGCGUGAGGCCGUUGGAGCAAAAGAUCAAAUAUCAGGUGGACAGAGUCGUCAAAGCGGCUGACGAUGAGGGCCGGCUUGCUACUCAAAAAGCUAAGCAGAACUCAGUUGCGAAUGGUCAUGCCAGCAAGGAUGGCAGGGAAGAGUCGGGCGAAGAAGAUUCAUCCGACGACAGCGAUAGCGAUUCUGUUGCAGAUCUGAACGCAUACCAACCGCGCGCUGCAGGCAUGCAGUCGACUUUCAAUACUGCCGAUAAGGAUACCGACCGCCGGGGUAAGAGCAGUGAAGACGGCAUCUACAGACCACCUCGUAUCUCCGCCACCGCCAUGCCCACAACCGAAAGCCGCCAGAAGUCAGAGCGCAAGCCCGGCCGCUCAAAGACUCUGGAUGAAUAUGUCUCCACCGAGUUGUCCGCUGCUCCUCUUGCUGAGCCCAGCAUUGGCAGCAACCUAGCGGCAGGAGGAAGACAGAGCAAAGACACCCGCCAGUUGCGGGAGGAGGCAGAGAGGAGAAACUACGAAGAGACGAACCUGGUUCGUCUACCUGCCAUGUCCAAGAAAGAGCUUGCAAAGAAGGGAUUGGGGAAGGCACGGGACGGCGGGUUUGGCGGCGAAGAAUGGCGAGGACUGAGUGAGAGCAUUGAUCGAAUUGGAGAUCUGACGAGAAGGAAAGGGAAAGACAGUGCAUUGGACAAGAGUCGCAAGCGGCGGGCGGUGGAAGAUGGACCUCGAGGCGACGGGAUUGGGAAUACAUUCGACAUCAAGAGGAGGCGCAUGCAGAAGAAGGGACAAAUAUAG